CUCAGUCCUGGAAGGAUGCUGAAGCUGGUGGCUGGCUUGGUGCUGGGGCUGCUUCUGGCUCUGAUUCUGGGCAGCUAUAGCAGCACUGGUCGCAGGGCUCAGCUCAGAACCAGACAUGCAGGGGACAUGACUGGACCAUGGCCUGGGAAGGAGCUCAGUAACAUCUUCUGGGCUGUACAGGUGACCGAUAUCCAUGUUAGUAAAUUCCUGGAUCCUGAAAGGGUGUCACAGUUUCAGUCUUUUUGUACGGAAAGCCUUGCGAUCAUCCAGCCGGCCCUUGUUCUAGUAACAGGUGAUCUGACAGAUGGCAAAACCAAAGAUAAAUUGGGGUCUGACCAGUUUGAGGAAGAAUGGCAGAUUUACAGAUCUGUUCUGAAGAAGUCCCAGAUAUUGGAGAAAACCAAAUGGAUCGACAUUCGUGGGAAUCAUGAUUCAUUUAACAUUGCACACCUGAGCAGCAUCAAUAACUACUACAGGAAAUACUCAGGAUGGCAAAAGGAAGGUUCCUUUCAUUAUAUUCACCAAACCCCAUUUGGGAAAUACUCCUUCAUCUGUGUAGAUGCCACCCUCACUCCUGGACCCAAAAGACCGUACAACUUCUUUGGAAUAAUUAAGAAGGACCAGAUACAGAAGCUGUCGGCAUUGGCCGUGGAGAGUCUUCAUAGCAACCAAUCUGUGUGGUUUGGUCACUAUCCCACUUCAACCAUUGUGUCUUCUUCCCCUGGGAUCCGGGAAGUAAUGAGUUCGGCUGUGGCGUACAUGUGUGGUCACCUGCACACUCUGGGAGGGCUGGCACCUGUCCUGCAUAGUCAGCAUCAACAAGGCACCCUGGAGCUGGAGCUUGGAGACUGGAUGAAGAAUAGGAGAUACCGUAUAUUUGCCUUUGAUCAUGACCUGUACAGCUUCAUUGACCUGCAACAUAACGAGUGGCCUGCAAUUCUCAUUACUAACCCUAAAUCUGCUCUGUAUACAAACCCAGCAGUGGAGCCUGUGAAACGUAUCCAGCAGUCUACACACAUCAGAUUGCUGGUAUUUUCACUGGAUCCCAUCAUCUCUGUCAAGGUGUUCAUAGAUGGCAUUGAAAUGGGUGAAGCUGAGCAUUCCUCUGGUCCAUUGUAUGUGUUUGAGUGGAGUGCUGAAGCCUAUAUUAGUGGACUACAUGAGGUCAAAGUCCAAGUAAAGGAUGCAGCUGAGAGGAAACAAACCAGAAGCCAUCUGUUCAGCUUAGAAGAUGAUGUUUCUGUCAGCUUCAGCCUGUUUCCAUCUCUUAUUCUUCUUACAGAUCACUACAUCGUGGCUCAGGUGCUGUUUAUUGUCAUGGUUCUGAGUCAGCUCCUGGUACUCAUUAUUUUCAGGAUCAGAAAGAGGCCAAUACUCAGAGGGCCCCCUGGAUGUUUUACGCUGGCCUCUUUCUCUAUGCAUGUGCUAAGCAAGAACAAUGUCUUCUUCUAUGCCAUUGUACUGCUGACUCUGUUCACAGCCAUAGGUCCCUGGUUCAUUGGAGAAAUUAUAGAUGGCCACAUGGGUGCUUGCUUUGCCUUUGGAGUGAUUGUUGCAGGCCAUUUCUUGGAUGGAAGUCUCACAUACAUGGUUGGAAUAGCACAGAUGGCUUUCUUUAAUAUCCCCCUGACUGCAUACCUGUGCUGGUGUUUACUGUGUAGAUGCAAAGGACACGGUUUCUUUUCCCACCUGCGACAUACUAGGAAGGUUGUCUGUGUGCCAGUUCACUUCUUUAUGCUCCUCCUUCUGGCCUGGCAGAUCUAUUCCUGCUUUUUCCUCUUAUUGACCUACGGCACAUUAGCAACUUUCCUCUCGCCGAUGAAGCUGUGGCUGGUGGUGGUUACGUUGGUCUUGGGCAGGAAAGUGUGGGUGUUCAAUACCCCAGAACUAAGGUCUUAUGUCAUUGAGCUGAAGAACUGCCAGAGCACUUGACAGCUACCUGAUGAAAGGGAAACAUAGGUGUAGU